AAGUCGUGAACACAACUCAUAUUUCACCUGACAAGUGAGUUGAAAUUAUAUGUUCAACAGAAACGAUAUGAUGGAGUCUGCAUGAACCAUACAAAUUGUAGAACUCGGAAAUGGAGAGAUUGCCAGGAGAUCUCUGUCUCAAGAUUUUCUACUUGUUGGAUCACCAGAACCUUGCAACUUCUCUUCAAGUUUGCAGGAAGUGGAAGGUGUUGGCCUCAGACAACAUUCUAUGGUCAAACCUAUUCAAGGAGAGAUGGGGAGAAGAUCGUGCUGCAUUCUAUGCCCCUACUGGUUUGAAAUCAUGGAAAGAUGUGUAUGAAGCGCAAGACCGGUGUGAUCGAGUUGGAUUGGGCCUGAAGAUAAUCAGAGAAGGUGUCGGCGACUACUACCUUGUCCACCAAGGCGAAAUCCAACACCAUCUAGGUUCCAAGAGACAAAGAAAGGGGGCAACUAAUUGUUCAUUCAGUUCAGAAACAGGCUUUAUUGGAGAAGGAUGCUCAAAUGGAGAGGAACCCUGUUUGGGGAUUCUAGACAAGAUCCUUUUCUUCAUUGGGGAUUUGGAAGUUGCUUCAACAGAUGCCAAACGAGGCAGAAUACUGUAAUUAGUUUAUCGAUAACUGAAAUUGUAUCUAAUCUAUGCUCUGGUAUGGAAUCUGAUCACUUUGGUUUGAAUAUUUACCUUCAUUGAUAAUGUAACCAUCUCAUUUGCUCCAUUCA